AUGGCUAAAGAACAAUCUAAAGGCACCAAGAGAAAAACAAGACAAGCAAAAGCACUUGAAGCUAGGAAGGCUCCAAGAACAUUUCUUGAGCUCUUACAAGAUGCGAACUUGGAAUCAUUGCCCCCACAUGUUCCAUCAUAUUGGAAAGCGGCGGUUGGACCUCCGAGCUCGACCGCGCAGCGUCAUUUUUUUAUUGUAUGUGGUUUCUCUGCCAAUUACACUUGUGUUAGAUGUGGUAUGUGGUUUUGUUCAAAUCGGUGUCAGAAUGUGCAUAAUGAUACUAGAUGCUUGAAAUUUGUUGCAUAG